GAGAGAGAGAGAGAGAGAGAGAGAGAAAAAGAGGGGCAGGCUUUGGAACUAGGAGGUAUUAGACAAGAGCUUGUAGCAAGCUAUCGCUCUAGCGCAAUUGCCACAAUAUAGAUCCCGGCUUGCGCAGCUCUGGUGGAUUCUUGAGCAUGGUGCGCCCUAGCACUCUGCUCAUCCUCUUGUGUGUGGGCUUCCUUCUCUUCCCGAUUUUCCAGAGUGUCAAUGGAGCUCUAGAACUCAUAGACUGCGCACUCAACGAGCAACGCUGCUGUGCGUUCCCAACAGGUUUGGUUCUCUGGCAAUGCUGGGCAAGGAUUAGCUACUGGGGAGGCUGCGCUGCACCACCACCACCACCACGUCCUCCAUCGCCAUCACCACCACCAGCACGAUGGCUCAUUGGAGCUCCAAUUUGUAUAGCUGAGAGGUUUCCGUUUCGAGUUGUGAGUCUUUCCUUUGGAAUGGAAAUCUAUGCACAAGGCCACAGUGAAUGCUCUCGCGAGGCUCGUCCAAUCUUGCAAGAACUUGGAGGAGGGCCGAUGCCUCCACGCCGGGAUCAAGCGCACCGAUCUCUCCCGCGACUCUUACCUCAACAAUCUCUUGAUCGCGAUGUAUGGCCGCCAUGGCAGCCCCGCGGACGCUCGCGACGUUUUCGACAAGCUUGGAGCUUCCACCACUAUCUUCAGCUGGAACUUGCUCAUCACAGCCUUCGUUUCCAGCGCAAAGACCCAAGAUGCCGCGGCUGCUUUCUCGCGGAUGCCACAGCACGACGUUGUCUCGUGGAAUGCGGUUCUCUCGGCUUACACCCGAUCGGGAAGAACCCCAAUGGCUCGCCAACUUUUCGAUUCCAUGCCCCAGAGGAGCGUUGUGUCGUGGACAACGAUGAUCACAGCAUAUACCGAGUCUAGGCAUCUUUCCAAUGCAAAGAGUUUCUUCUACAAGAUGCCUCAGCAUAACAAGGUUACGUUUUGCGUAAUGUUGCAAGCUCUUACGCAACACGCUGGGUCUAGUCAAGCUAAAGUCUUGUUUGAUCGCAUGCAAGAACGAGAUAAUACAAUCUGGAACACCGUUCUCAACGCAUAUGCCUUGGAAGAAAGCGUUGAGCUUGCGGAAGAGAUCCUUGCAAAGAUGCCUCUACAGUGUAAGUUUUCAUGGACAAUUAUGCUCUUGGCAUAUGCCCGCGCCAGCUUACUCGAGAAAGCGAAACAACUGUUUGAUGUCAUGGCCGAGAGAGACGUGGUUUCAUGGAACGCAUUGCUCCAGGCAAGUGCCGAGACUGGGCUUCUGGAGAAAGUUGUGAUACUCUUUGAUCGGGUGCCGCAAUGCAACAUGUCGUCAUGCAACUCGACGCUCGUAGCUUAUGUCCAGUGCGGGUAUCUUGAUCAAGCACAUAAACUCUUCGCGAGGAUCCCCGAUAGAGACUUAGCGUCCUGGAGCAUCAUGAUCCUUGGGUGUGCUGGAAACCGGCAGGAGCGACUGGCACUGGAGCACUUCGGGGAGAUGCUGCUCGAGGGGAUCAAGUGCGACGAGAUCACGAUGCUGGGGGUCUUGUCAGCGUGCAAUCACUUGGGUCUAAUCCAGGAAGGAGUGAGCUACUUUGUGAUGAUGGUGGCAGAGCUCGGGAUUGAUCCGUUCGUGGAGCACUUCAGCAGCCUAGUGGAUCUUCUCGCGAGAGUCGGGCAGCUGAGAGAAGCUCACGACUUGCUGAGAAACAUGCCGUUCGUGCCGGAUCCAGCGGCGUGCUGCUCCAUGCUGGGCGCUUGCAGGACUCACGGCGAUGUGGAGCUGGGAGCUUACACGGCUGCAAACGAGGAGUUUGGGAUCGAGCCACACCAUCCAUCGCCAUAUCUCUUGCUCUCGAGCAUGAAGCACUGAGAUAGAUUCCACAAGCUUAGUAACUGGGAUAACAAAUUUAGUACCUUAAACGUAAGAAAAUCGAAGCUCUUGGCUCCAGGGAGUUGAUACUUUGAAAUGCAACAUCAUACAAGUCUGCCAACUUUUGGAAGUGAAGCCUGGCUCCAAGUACGAGUGGAAGUAUUACACGGCAAAAGAAGAGUUCUCACCUGUACAACUAUCUUGUACGAGGUUCUUCUUUGCCAUGUAUUGUUUUGAUGAUAUCCUGGACUUGGAGAAAGCCAAACCAUUCUUCUUCUUUGGUUGAGAAAUCUAGCUCCAUAUCCGGGACAGCUUCUUUAAUACACGGCAGCGGCAUUGGUGAAUGCCAAGUUCUUGGAGACCUGGAUGGAAGCGAAGGUAUGGGAAGGAGCUGUGGAUGCAACACGGCAGUGUCGAAAGCCUUUGUGUCUCUUCUCAAGUGGUGCAUACAAGAGAAUAAUCUACACAAGUUCGUCGCGUGCACGGCUUUGUUUCCGCGAGGCAUCCCGGCUGCGCUGAAGACCAGUUCGUGGGAAACACGAUACUACAGGCAUAUGAUCUAGCUCAUAAGGUGUUUGCGGGCAUCUGGAACAGAGAUCUAUUCUCGUGGCCGCGGUUUCUGUGCAGAAUGGGCAGUUUGCCGAGGCGUUGUUGCUGUUUACACGGAUCGAGUAAAGUGACUUGCGUCACUGUUGCUUUUUUCUGCCUCGUUCUUGCUUGCUCUAGUGAGAAAGAUGUUCCAGAAGGAAUUGCCACUCACAGACUGAUCGAAGAGUGCGAGCUUGCUUCCAACGAACCCUUGUGCAACUCGCUCCUGAACACCGAGCUUGGGAGACUAGAGGGCGUUCGGGAAAUUUUUGAAAAGAUGGCGAACAAGAACGUGAUCUCCUGGAUGUCCAUCGCCUCGGUCCUGCGCCGCCAUUCGCCUGGGCGAGAAGAGGCUGUGCGCGGCAAUCCUUCGCAGCCGCCUCCAGUGUCGCCCGGCUGCACACAGAUCGAGUGCUCUCACUGCCUGCUCGAGCAUUCCUGCUUCAGUGCAAGGCAAGCUCCUCUACCGGGAACUUCUGGAGAGCAGUGGCCUGGAAGACGAUGCGGUGCUCACGACCGCAUUGCUCGACAUGUACGCCAGCUACGGAGGCCUGGAAACUGCCGAGAGGUUUCUCUGGGACAUGGUUUUCAAGGACGAAGUCACGUGGACUGCGAUGAUCGCUGGAUAUGUGCGCAGCGAUCUAGAAAGCCGUGGAGCUCUUCCGGGAGAUGCUGGCAAACAGCUUGAGCCCCGGGGCCAUGACGUUUGUCCACUUGUUCUCGGCGGAGUUGUGGUGGUACCUUUAUAUGAUGCUUGAGGACUACAAGCUGAUGCAGGAGCUGGAUCACCAGGUCUGUGAUUGAUCGGCUUGCUGGGACGGCUCAACAGGGCCGAUGAACUGAUCCAAACCCGGCCUGGAGGACGCUGCUUUUGGCUUGCAAGACGCACAACAAGAAGGAUCGAGCGGACCGAGCGGCAAAGAAGAAUAAUAGCAGUCCACGGCCGUGGCACCAGUCGAAGAAUUGGAUCGUCGCCUCCACGUCCCUGGCCAGGGACGUGGUUGAGCACAUCCACCACAAUGUCCGUGUUGAGCUUGCCGCAGUACUUGUGGAGCUUGUGCUUGCGCACCUUUUCCAUCUCCAUUUCGAGGAUCUCCAGGAGCUCCUGUGCCUUAGCCGAGAUCACCAGUUGCCUAAACCUCGCCAUUGCCAGAGGGUUUGUCUGCAAUCCCUGGUUGAGAGCUCUUCCAGCUUGAUCUUUCUUGCUCCUUGAUCACCAUUGCCGUGCCCUGGCAUUGGAUUAUGAUAGAUUCCGGCCAUGGGGCUUGAUUGAGCCGCAUUCCCAUCAUUGAUUUGCUACUACAAGGCCAUGUUGGAAUCAAUUGUCCGGGAGAAGGAACAACUCACUAAUUGGUAUAGUGCGAUGCCAGCUCGUCACCUCACGGCGGCCUCAAUUUAUACUGAUAAACUCUAAAUUUUAAUUGCAAGAACAAAAAAUUUUCGAU